AUGGACGAGAUCAAUGCGUAUCUGAGCGCGCACCCGACGGAGUUCGUAGUGGUGUAUUUGGAAACUGGUGCGGACAUCAAGCGAUCGGACAAGUUCGACGCCAUCGACACGCUGUUCAUCGAUACAUUUGGAGACUUGCUAGCUCCAGUGAUGGCGCUCGACGUCCUGGCCAAGGGCAUGUGGGCAGGCGGUAGCAUCAACGAGUCUAGUAGCGCUGGUCACCAGGUGUUGGACCUCGCAAGCACCAAGACGGGGCAACACAAACUGGAUCCGGUCGUGGUCAGAAUAGCUUCGGUGUGGUCGUGGGCAGACAAAGAGCCCGGUACUGAGUGA